AAUUCAAUUAAUUAAUAAAAAUAAUAAUUCUUAAUUUUUCAACUUUUACUCUUGAAACUUCUUUGCACCAGUGCUUCGUUGUGUUUGUGAAAGUUUUGAAAAUAAAAUAAUUAAAUAAAUAUUCUAAGUGUAAACGUGUUUAAGCGUUAUGUACGGCUAUAUCCACCGAUUUGUUGUGAACUGAUUGAAUUGUUGGAUUUUUUUUUACCACGUUCGGGAAUAUACUUCUACAUUUCAAGGGACCACGACCAAUUUCAAGUAGAAAACUGCCUAGUUAGCGGCGGCAAAACGGAUAUUUCACGAAGGCUUAGCUAAAUCCUGUGCCAUGAAGGAGAAGAGUAAAAAUGCCGCUCGUACUAGACGUGAAAAGGAAAAUGCGGAAUUCUUCGAAUUGGCCAAAUUACUACCACUACCAAGUGCAAUUACAUCACAGUUGGACAAAGCGUCCAUUAUAAGAUUAACAACAUCGUAUCUAAAAAUGCGUCAAGUCUUUCCCGAUGGUUUGGGUGAGGCGUGGGGCACUUCACCGGCAAUGCAACGCGGCGCUAUCAAAGAGCUUGGCUCACAUUUGCUGCAAACAUUGGACGGUUUUAUAUUCGUUGUGGCACCGGAUGGCAAAAUUAUGUACAUCUCCGAAACGGCAUCCGUACAGCUAGGUCUCAGUCAGGUUGAACUUACUGGCAAUUCCAUAUUUGAGUAUAUACAUAACCAUGAUCACGAUGAGAUGAACGCUAUACUCUCAAUGCAUCCUUAUAUGUACCAAAAUCCGGAUGCAUUUAUUAAUUCAUUACAUCUACCACAGAGCGGCAAUCCACCCACCGGCCAUGCGAACGUCAUCGGCAGUCCGAAUGGCAGCUACGGCAAUGAUCGUGGUUCGCAUACCAUCGAAUUGCAAAAAUCCUUCUUCCUGCGCAUGAAGUGUGUGUUGGCGAAACGGAACGCUGGACUCACAACAUCUGGUUAUAAGGUUAUCCACUGCUCUGGCUACUUGAAAGCGCGCAUAUUUCCUGAUUAUGGCGAUGGUCAUGGCGGUUAUAUACAAAAUUUGGGUCUUGUAGCUGUGGGCCAUUCUCUGCCUUCGUCUGCGAUAACGGAAAUUAAACUACACACAAACAUGUUUAUGUUUCGGGCGUGUAUGGAUCUGAAACUGAUAUUUUUAGAUGCGAGAGUAUCCCAACUCACCGGCUAUGAACCGCAAGACCUCAUAGAGAAAACCCUCUAUCAGUAUAUACACGUUGCGGACAUUGGAGCCAUGAACUGCGCACACCAAACACUGGUAUACAAGGGACAAGUCACCACCAAAUACUACCGCUUCCUGACGAAGGGCGGCGGCUGGGUCUGGGUGCAGUCGUACGCGACCGUGGUGCACAACACACGCUCCUCGCGCACUCACUGCAUCGUCAGCGUAAAUUAUGUGCUUAGUGAACAAGAGGCCAAAGACUUGAUUCUCAAUGAAAUACAAACGGGUGUGGUUAAGAGCGAGCCAAUCACCGCUUCGACUGUGUUGACGCCAUCUUUGCAUGCGGCACACGCAGCUGCCGCCGUCACACACCCGGCGCUAAGCAAUGGCAUUGCAGUUGGCAGUUCACCGAGUUGCGCGGCGCUCAGCGUGAGUCCCAAAUUGGACGCGUGUUAUGAGAGUGCUGGCGUACACCUACCACCUAACGUGCUUACACCGGUAUUGACUGGCGGCAGCAGCAGCAGUGGUGGCGGCGGCGGCGGCAACGGCGUAGCGCACAAUAAUAACAACAAUAAUGCCUAUAUGACGGGACAUAUAAUGCACACGCAACUGCCGCAUCAUCAGCACGGGCAUCUGCAUGCACAUCCGAAUGCGCAUGUGCACACACACCACACGCAUCAACUACAUCACGUGCAUCCACACGCGCAUGCUCACGAAGUGCCGCUACCACCGCAAACGCAACACGAAAACCUCAACUAUACAACACUCUUCCCGCCGAUCAAUGAUCUCGUGGUCACUUCAUCGACACUCGGUCACGAAAUGCAAUACCCGGACACAACCACCGGCCCGUACUACGGUAGCAGUGUCGGCGCGUCCAAUAGCAAUAACAACUCUGGCAGUGAACACUACUACUACGAGGCGGCGCCGUCAGCCACCUCACUCAAUCGACCGUAUUCGGCGAACUCCAACAGCUGUUCGAGCAGCGCGGAGAGCGAGCGCCAAAUGUCCACCGGAAAUGCAUCGAUUAUAACGGGCAAUUCGCCGCAGACGACGUACAGCGAGUUGAGUCACACAUUUGAAUUGCACUACCUGUCGGACAGCAGCUCGCAUCAACAGGCCGCUUUGGCAGGACCACCGACCACACAACAGCAGCAACCACAACAACAUCACCUACAAUCUAUGGAGCAUCAUCAACAUACGCAUCAUCACCAAACACAUCAGCUGCAGCAGCAAACCUUGGCGUCCAGUCACAUUGCUACGCUGCAACAGCCAGCGACGUCACAGACGCAGCCGCAACAACAACAAAUGGAGCACCAACAAAUGCAUCAGCAUCAUCAAACAACGCUGGUUGCUCAUCAACUGCAGCAACACGAUCAUGAACAACUACAACAGCAACAACAACAACAACAGCAACAGCAUGAGCAUAUUGCACGCUCUUUUGCCGUCGCCGUGGAGAAGGGCGUAAGCGUGCAGCCGCAAUACACCAGCGUCAUUGUUGACCCCCAUCAUCACUAUAUACCCAACGAUUUUGUACAUUAGCAUUUGCUAGCUGGUACGAUCCGCUGGAUCGGUGGCAGUCAAGCACGUAUGGUGCUCUUAUUGGUGGCGCCUUGGGUGUCGUCAUGUUGCUAUGACUUUUUACGGGGUCACAGCGCAUUGUUGUUGUUAAUUUUAAUAGUUCUAAUUACUACAAAUUAAAUUGGACUGAGUCACAAAAAUAUAUGUAUACAUGCAUAUAUACCUACAUAUAAAUUUCGUUUAAACGCUAUUGCCCGUUACUUUCACUCGAAUAUGGUCUGCGCUAGCUGCGGAAAACGCCGCAUAUACAGUUUUCCGAGUAUUAAAAACAAGAAUUUUCACGUAUGUUCAUAUAUGUACAUAUGUAUUUGUAUACACCAGAAUACCUAUGAGAACACUGAAAGCAUUAUAACGCGAUAAAUUGUUAAAAAUGUUUUAUUUAAUGCAAAUAUUAUUAAUUUUUUUUUAAAGAAAGUUAUUGCCUUGACUUCUGCUGGCUAAAUAGUUAAAAAUAUAUUAAAUAUAUAUAAAAUAUAACAAAAAGUUAUAAAGUUAUUUAAAAUAAUUUGUUUUGAAUUUGUUUGCUUGCCGCUCUAAUCUAAAUUUCUAACUGAAUAACAAUUUUAUUUUUGUCUUAAAAUAUUUUUAUAAAACUUAUUUUGAUGCAGUAUAAAAAAAUUCUGUUUUUUAACAAUUUUGAAAUGAUUGCUCCUCUGGCAAUAUUUGAAAAAGUGAACUUAGCAUUCUUACUCGAUUAUAUGCAGGUAGAUUUUCAAUCUUUAAUUCUGAUUUUGGUAUUAGAAACUGAAAAUUUGAUUUAUAAAUUCUUGAAUGUGUAAGUUUGCCGACACUGCUCUAGAGUACUGAAGAUGAUGGCUCUGCGAGCUUUAUUUAAAAAUGUAUUGUACGCAAGCGCGAAAAUAUGUUAAUUUAAAAACAAUUUUUUUUAUUACAAACUUGGAAUAAACAGUUUUGUUUUAUUUUCCAAUCUGGUAAUUGGGAUUAAAAUUAAAUUUUUAAUUUUCGAUCCGAUAUUGCGAUUGAAAAAUUUAUUUUUAUUUUUCGAUUCGGUAUUUGGUAUUAGAAUUUUGAAGAUUAUUUUUAAUUAAGAUUUUAAAUUGUUGCUUUAAUUGUUAGUUCAGUUAUUUUUUAACAUACAUAUAUACUUUCGGAGGUUCGUGUAAAACUUCACUUGUAUGGCAUUUUGCUUAAAAAAAAUCGUUACUUUUCCAAAAAUUCUUUAAAUAAUUUAUAUAGUUUACAUACAUAUAUUAUAUAAAUAUAUAUUCAGAUCUCAUAACAGUUAUGCGGUGUUUUUUUCACGGGUUAGUGUGACCACAUUUACUUCAAAUUAAUUUAAUAAUAAAAUAAAAUAUAUAAAUAAUUUUGUUUCAACUUAGAAUGCCUUCACUUAGUUUCUAAUAAUUUAUUUAGCAACUUUUUCUUAAUGGGCAAAUUAAUUUUACUUAAUAAUAUAUUCAAAUACAUGUGCUUAAAAGAAUAUUUUAUUUAUUACCCAAAGUUGCGCAAUUGUCAAGCCAAAUUGUUUGUGUAUUUUCUUUAAUAUUAAGUAAUAAGAAUAUGUAAAUAAAUGUAUUGCUAAAUUAAUAAAACAAGCGAUAAAACUAACUGUACAAAAAUUGUGAGUUUUUCCAGUUAUUCGCCUAAUUCCGCUAUGGUUUAUCCAUGGCGAAUAUACAUAUGUAAAUGUUGUAUGUUGAGAACAGUAUAAACAAUUUAUUUAAAAGGUGUACGUAAAAUCAAAAUUAUAUAUAAAAACUAAAUAAUAGUGAGAGUUCUAAGCCAUUUUAUGCUUGGCCAUGAUCGUCCACGCGAUCAAGAGAAGAUAAUACUUUGAUUUUUUCUAAAUAUAGACAUUAAAGUCGAUUGACAGACUAAUAUAAGGUAUAACUAAA